AUGACACCAAGUGAAAAUGGAGAAACUCCAUUGAUAAAUUUUAAACCCGUGCGAAAAAGUCGUUGGCGUCUCUCUGAAGUUCCACCAGAAAUCAUGCAAUUAAUCACUCCUCCUAGUUCUGAAGCAUCGGGUUCUCCUACAAGGUUUUUACCUAGCACGCCUGGCACACCAUUCUCAACCACAACUCAGUUAAUCGACGAUCAUUGUUCGCCAUUACCUUCUCCAAAAUUAAAUAGAUCAAAUUUACGUAAAAAACUUCGCAAAAAUCCUUAUCCAGUUCGUUCGCCAGACAGGGAAACAACUGAAGAUACUAUGUGUUUAAGAAUCAAUGUAUAUGAUAUUUACAAGAAAAAUCCAAAAGCUUUAUUAGAUAGACCACAAUAUAGACGAAAUGGUUACAGAAGAUUACAAUCCGUUUGGGAUACAAAAAUUGAUAAAACUCAACCUCCUCCUCCUCCAUUACCAUUUGAUGAAUUGAUGAGUAACUUGGAAGAUUUAGAACUUAGUAAUAAAAUUUUAGACACAAUCGAACGUCCGAAAAUUACAUGGAGAGGCCCUGAAUCAAAUGUUGAUAUAUUACCUCAUGCAAGCGUUUUACAUAGAGUUGAAGCAAAAGCUUGUGGAAUUCUAAGAUUAUCACCUGAACAAUAUAUUAAUUCUAAGCUGAUUAUUCUUACGGCUGCAAAAGAAUAUAAAGAAAGUGCUUCUUCUAAAAAAUCUAUUCAACAACCCAUUCAAGAACCUAUUCAAGAACCUAUACAACAACCUAUUCAAGAACCUAUUCAAGAAUCUAUUCAACAACCUAUUCAACAACCUAUUCAAGAAUCUAUUCAACAACCUAUUCAACAGCCUAUUCAAGAACCUAUUCAAGAACCUAUUCAACAACCUAUUCAAGAAUCUACUCAACAAUCUGUUGCUGAAAAGAAUCAGUUAUCCGAAUCAAACAGUCCAUCAAACAGUCCAUCAAAUAUGUCUCAAAAUGAGCCUUCUCAGGCUGCUCCCGAUACUGCUAAUACUGCCAUUACAACAACGACUGAUCAACCUCAAACUACUACUUCCGUUACAACUAAUGCUACCAUUACAACAACGAAUGAUCAACCUCAAACUACUGCUUCUGCUUCAACAAAGAUUACUAUUAAUACUCUGUUAAACUCUCCUGAUACUACCCCUAUAUCUUCACCUGCAGAAUUGAUAUCUAAUACUCGUUUGAAUGAUGGUGUCAACUCCAAUAAUAACCAUUUUUCUCCUUAUUCCACUCCUCCUUCUCAACAUAUUGCUCCUAAUGAUCAAUUCGAUUUAAAUCCUCCUAUUCUUGACGAGACUUACACUUCUGACUCUCUUGAUUAUUUCCAAUCCCGUUUUCCUCCUUCGAGUAAUGCUAUUUCUCGAACUCAACAAAAAAUCAAUCUUCAACGUGAUUCUUUUCUUGCUGAUGAUGAAAAUUACAUUAUUCAUCCUCAUAAUCAACGUAGAUUAACUAGAGCUAUCGAACGAAUAAAUCGUGAACACGCUGCUAUAUCUUUAUAUAGAAAUCCUAUGAUUGAAAGUUUACAAAGAGUUUUCGCAAAAUACGCUCAAGAUCAUCCUGAAGUUUUGGAUGAUGAUUUUGGUGCUGGUUAUGAAGAUUCAAAAGAAUGGGGCAUUUUAUCGGAUCAUGCAAAAGCUGUUGACCAAAUUGGUUCGGCUGUUACUAAUUCUAUUGUAGCCGCUGAUGUUUUAACUACUGAAUCUAUGGCUUUUCGUUCUAUCAAAUAA